AUGACUGUAACUUCGGCAAAUCAGUUUGAUAAGCAGGCUGAUUUUACACAUCACGUCGUCUCCUCGCUGCGUCAAAGCAGGGAGUAUCAUGAGUUUAUAUUUACCGGCGUGCCUCCCUCGUGGGCGGACGCUGUGUAUCAGCUUACUGAUGAGAAGAUUCCCUCUCGAAAAAGCUACAACAGUAAGAGCCGUGAGCUGCAGAUUAAAGUCAAGCACACCGAGAUAACCAACUGCAUCCAGCCGUGGUUGUUUAAACUACCGCUUGGCUGGCUUUUGAAUGGCGACAUCACACUAGAAGAAGAGGAGCUGUUUUAUGGAAGUGUCGGCACAACCCUUUACUUUAGAUCUGGCCCAUAUAGCGGCUCCUGGAAGGAACCGGACUUCUUCUUCCGAGCUGAGCAUGAUUACCUACCGACUCUUGCGGUAGAGUCUGGCUGGAGUGAGUCAAAGGAACAACUUCAUAAGGGCAUGGGGCUAUUGCUAGUGGGUGGUAAUGGCUCUACUAAUGUUGUUAUUAUUGUCCAAUGGACAAGGCUACAAGGAGCUCGCGUCUCGGGGACUGUUGAGCUCUUUGUCAGGGACAGUAAUGGCAUGCCCACCCUACAACAGAGUGAGACUAUAUUCCCGCGUCCUGCAACUCGCAACGACCUCUGGAUCAGAAGACGGGACCUUUUUGGGCCAGCGCUGGUGCCAGGCCGUAAUGGCAACGAUAUGCUUUACUUCAAUGUCGAGAAAUUACGUGAUUAUGCUACCAGAACCCUUGGUUUCAUGGAUCUUGUUCCCGCUUAG